AUGCAGUCCAUUAGAGAUUUGAAGCCAAACUUCAGCGUCCCUCCUCCCUCCUCCAUGGCUGCUGGCCCCGAUGCCUAUCUCCAGGGCAACAUCAGGUUGACUCUGGAGGACCCUGAACUCUGGAAGAACUUUUAUGAAAUAGGAACAGAGAUGAUUAUCACUAAACCGGGCAGGAGGAUGUUUCCACACUGCAAGAUUAAUCUGGCGGGCCUUAUUCCAUGUGCCAAGUACAUCUUACUGGUUGACAUGGUCCCUGUGGAUGGUUUCAGAUACAAGUGGAAUAAAGAAAAAUGGGAGGUGGCAGGGAAAGCGGAGCCCCAGCCUCCCUGCAGGACGUACCUCCACCCGGAGUCUCCAGCCCCGGGGAGCCACUGGAUGAAGCAGUCCAUCUCCUUCCUCAAGCUCAAGCUCACCAACAAUACACUCGAUCAGCACGGCCAUAUCAUUUUGCACUCCAUGCAUCGAUACCACCCGCGCUUCCACAUCGUCCAGGCGGAGGACCUGUUCAGUGUCCGCUGGAGUGUUUUCCAGACCUUCACCUUCCCUGAGACUUCCUUCACGGCGGUCACAGCGUACCAGAACACCAAGAUUACAAAGCUGAAGAUUGAUCACAACCCAUUUGCAAAAGGUUUCCGGGAUGAAGGCACAAGUAAGAAAAGGCGUUCAAACAAGAACCCAACCUGCCUGGAAAAACGAUCCAAGAUGUCAGACACGUUGAACAGAGACUCUGAGGAGGACAGUCCAGCAGAUUUCUGCCGGUCAUCCUACGAGGGUUACGAAGGCGAGGAAGGAGACCUGCCCAAAAGCAAAGAGGCUGACAGCGUCAAAGAGGAGCGUUACUCCCCGUGGACUGCUGACAGGGAGCACAGUGUGAGGACUGAGUCUCCCGCUGGGGCAGACCCCAGGGACAUGUACAACACAGAGCAGCUUGUUCCUGCUCCAGCGUCCUACCAGCCAUACAGGUUCCACGAGUACGGAAAGUCUCCCUCUCCCUCCUCCAGCGUCGGCAGCAGCAACAGCGGAUCAGGACGCAGCAGCUUUGAGUCCAGAGUCCCUGAUGUCGCCACCGUCCCAGACCAUGACCCCUCAAAGCCCCGCACACAUGAAGUUGGCCCUCCGCCUUGCGCCCCCCAGCACCUCCCUGCCCCCCAGGACUACCCCGGGGUCCUCAACAUGACCAUGGCCCAGGCGGGUAAGCCGGGGGUGAUCAGCCACCACAUCUACAGCCCAUACAGCGCCGAGCAGCCCCUUGGACAGUGGAGCGGCCCUGGGCCUUCCCAGUAUCCACCUCCUCAUCACCUGACCGCUGACUACACCACACAAGCUGUGCACCACGGCUAUCACCAUGGCAACGUGGCUGAGUGGAGCCAGUACCCGCUGUUCUCUUACUCAUGCUGGUGA